AUGCAGUGUACCAGGUUGGUCCCAAGUUCUUUAAUUUCUUCCAACAAAUCACAAUCAAUACGAACUAUCAAUGUAGCAAUGGGACCUUUAAUGUUUCGCCAGAAAAUUGCAUAUAAGACAAGAUACCACUGGAUGUUAGACUUAAAAAAGAGCAAAGCUCGUGCAAAAUACCCUUGGAUUCCCAGAGAACCAACAACAUGCAUGGAAAUAUAUGGUCAAAAAAUUAUUUCUCCUGAAACACACUUGGAUUUUAUUGUACCUAAUGACUUAGAUAAAUGUGAACUAAAACCUUACGUUUCAUGGCGAUCAAAGCUGGUUGAGGAAGGACCACUAACAGCUGAAGUUUUAUUUAAUAACAGAUAUUCACAAAAAAUAACUGAAAUGUUUAAAAAUGGUGCAAGUAAUGAAGAAAUUAUGGAGUACUUGAAGAACACGAAUUGUUAA